AUGAGUGAUAUCCCCGUAAGAGCCUUGAGAAGAGAAACUAGAAAUUUAUUAUCAUCUCUUUUGAAUCCGGAAAAAAUAAUACCCACUGUCCAAGGAUUACCACGUGACUGGCAAGGUUUAGCAGAAUUAUGUAAGAUAAAAGGAGAACAAAUACCCAGCAUACAAAGAAGUGAUGAUCCUACUGCUAAAGUUUUAGAAUUAUGGUGUGAAAAGACUAAUCCUGAGAGUACAAUUGAAAAUCUUAUAAAUUUCCUUCAAAAUCUUGAUAGAUUUGAUGUACUUGAUGAUAUCACACCCCUUCUUGAAAAAGACACUGAAUAUUACAUAGCUAAUCCAAAUGGCUAUCCUAUUGAUGCAGUUGAAUUUGAAGAUGAUAGUAACAUCUUGACUUAUGAUGAUGCUGAAAGACAGAAACAGGGCUUGUCCCUUCAGAUUUAUGAUGCCUUUAUUCUGUUUGAUGAUGAUGACAUUGCCUUUGCCACUGACAUUGUCAUCAAACUUGAAACACAGUACAAUUUGAGUUUGUGUGUUAAGGAUAGAGAUAUGGUUGGAGGUCACCUGAAGCAUGACUCUGUGAUCAGGUUGAUUUCCACCAGGUGUAAAAGGGUCAUUGUGGUAUUUUCAUCUGCUUUCUUGGAGAGUCCCACAAAUAAGUACUUUUGUAGUUUGGCCCAGCUGGAAGGAAUUGAAAACUGUUAUAGAAAAAUAAUACCAUGCCUGUACAAACCAUGUACUUUGCCUUUGGAAUUGAGAGCAUAUCAUUUACUCAACUUUAACAGAUCUGAAAAAUUAUUUGGCAAUUUUUGGGACCAACUAUUCAAAUCAAUCAAGGGUGCAACUCCACUGCCUAAAGCUAUUCCCAUUGCCAACCAAAGUACUCGGGUGCCAAUUUGUGCCAAUGAUGUUCCAGUCCAGAUUAAAAGCCUCAGUACUACAAAACCAAUGAAUCAUGUCAAAUUCAGCAACUUGGAGAGUCCUAUAGAAGAAGAAGAAUCUGAAACUGCAGAAGAAGAACCAAAGGAAGAAUCCAUCUCUACCAGUAACAGUCCUGAGAGCUUGGAAUCCUUCCAAGGUGAACUCAAAAAGAAGCCGUCUUUCUACAAAAAAUUCAAAAAAAUCAUCCACCCAAAAACGAAAAAAGACUGUACUGUGGUUCAGAAGGAGAAGAAGUGGUUUUGGCAGAAAAGCAGUAAAAUCAAAUUAGCAGUUGCCAAUUGA